UUAAGAUGGCAGACCCUGUUAAACUCUCUUACAAGGAAACCCCACAAUAGCAACGCGCCCUACACGCGCAUGUCUCCUCCUAACAAGCAAAAUCAUAAGACAGACUAUCAUUCUACAGCUAACUUGCAUAAAUGUCUUCUUAGGUUUCAAAAGCAAAGACUACCACCGCUCUAUUGAAGAUGAUAUUUUUCUUAAAAUCUUCGUCAAGAUCAGUCCAUGAUCAAGAACAUCAUCACGAGCCAGUUGCUGAGGCUGAGGUGGAGACCAGGAUUAACGAUGGCACGUGCACGUCAUUAACAGUGUGGAGAAAGUCACUUUUAAUUAGUUGCAAUGGAUUUACAGUGAUUAAUUCCUGUGGAGAUUUAGUCUAUCGCGUUGAUAAUUACAUUGAUCGUCCUGACGAACUCGUUCUUAUGGAUGGCUCGGGAAAAUCCAUCCUCACAAUGCGUCGACGCAAGAAGCUUGGAGUGCUAGUACAUAACUGGUUUGUCUACGAAGGUGAAGUGGGUAACUACUGUGCAACAAACAAAUUAUCAAAGAAGCCAAUUUGGUGUGUGAGGAAGAAUAUUAACAUCUUACAAACCAAUCACAAUGUGCUCGCGUAUGUUUUUCGAGGAUCCACUGAUAAAAGACAUUCGUUUGUGAUCGAAGGUUCUUAUACGCGUAGAUCAUGCAAAGUGAUAGGUGGAUCAAGAAAGGUUUUGGCAGAGAUCAAGAGGAAAGAAGCUAUGGUCGAAGGAAUUUCUUAUGGGGUAGAGGUUUUUGUUUUGAAUGUAGAACCAGGAUUUGAUCCUGGAUUUGCCAUGGGUUUGCUUUUGAUAUUGGAUCAAAUGUUCCCCUGAUUUUUACUCUUUUUUUUUUUUUUUUGGAUUUUGUAAUGAGAAAGUAAAAUAUACAUGUCCAUAUGUUUUGGCCACAAUAUUAAGGAAAUAGAAAUACCAGUGAGCA